GGCAGCCCAAUCGUGGUCAUUCUACAGAACGGCGUUCGUCACGUAUACCCGACGGGCAUUGCCGUUCCCGAGAGAAAAAUAGAUACGCGCAGCUAUUCCGAGUCCAAGAACAAGAUCUCCCUCUCCUCGUCUUUCUGAUUGGUCGCAAUAUGUCUCAGGUUGAUAGCAGGAAUUCCUCUGCUGCCAAACGUGCUAGAACCGAUGGUAGCCGAAGGGAAGAUGACUGGACGUGUCCUAGUUGUGGAAACGUCAAUUUUUCAUUUAGAACAACUUGCAAUAUGCGCAAUUGCACUCAACCACGUCCGGCUGAUCAUAAUUCUAAAUCUGCUGCCAAGCCUGUUCAUGCUCCACAGGGCUACUCCUAUUCUGCCCCUUACAUGGGUUCUGGUGCACCCUCUUCAAUGUAUCCUGGCGUACCACCUUAUGGUUCUUCUAUAUUCAACGGUUCAUCUAUACCUCCCUAUGAUGUGCCAUUUUCUGGGGGAUCAGCAUAUCAUUACAACUACGGCAGCCGAUUUUCUGCAGGCAGCCCCUACAGACCUUUGCACCUAUCUGGGCCUGCACCUUAUUCUAGUGGAUCUUUGAUGGGAAAUAGUGCAGUAUAUGGUAUGCCACCCAUAAUGGAUCGCUAUGGCAUUGCUUUGCCCAUGGGCCCUGGGACCAUGGGUCCAAGGCCAGGUUUUUUUCCGGAUGACAUGUCGCAGAAGAAGGGUGCAGACGCUACUCGUGACAACGAUUGGCCAUGUCCCAAAUGCGGAAACAUCAAUUUCUCAUUUAGAACCGUCUGUAACAUGAGGAAAUGCAACACGCCCAAGCCUGGGUCACAGGGUCCCAAAAAUGAUAAAGGUUCUAAACAAAAGACGCCGGAGGGUAGCUGGAAGUGUGAGAAAUGUAACAACAUAAACUAUCCAUUCCGAACCAAAUGCAAUAGACAAAAUUGUGGAGCCGACAAGCCAGCGGAGUCGGAGAAAUCCCCAUCACCGGCACAGGAUGAAGACAAUGAACAGUGAGUUCUAGAACAUGUUUGAGGGGGUUGAGAAGGUCCAGAUUUAUCUUCCAGCGUUGCUCAAUAUGGGUGUCUGAAAGUCAGUCUUGUCGUCCUCAUGUUGCAGCAGUUGUCAAGUCAGUCUACCUCUCUUGAUCCGUGUCAUGUUGUAUUAACUCAAUUUAGUUCCUGGUCUUUUCAAUCAUCAACCGGAUUGAUCUGGCAAAAGAUUUAAUGGUUGGUUUCUGAUAUUUUAGGAACACAUUUACUUUCUUGAAUUCACUUAUUUAGUCUAGUGGGCCUGUUAACUUGUGCACUAAACAUGUUGCGAGUAGACUAGACUCUACCCUUUUGGGUUCCGGUUUGAUCUCUUAA